UGGAGGCACAAACUGUCCCGCAAAGUAAGGGGAAAAAGUAGCUGCAUCGUAAGGAGAACUAUUUCUGUUAAAACGAGGACUCACGGCAAGAGAUGGAUUGGUCUGGCAACUCUCAGACAAUACUCUGGGAAAAGAAACAAAUUGAUACCUCGUAGCUUUUGAAAUAUGUCUGUCACUUGGCUACACCACAAAGUUAAACGGAUGUGAUUUAUCUUUGGGUAAAAUCAGAAUAAUAAUUGUAGUAGAGGGAGGAAUGUGUUAAGACAAUUCAAGACUGAAGUUUUUUUUAAAACAAAACUGGAAUGUGAGAGACGUCCGAAGUGGAUUUAAAGUGCGUCUUGGGGAAGGUGGAACCAGGGACCAGAGACACAGCGUCUUAUUAUUAUCUUUGGAUACUCUUUUAACUUUUUCUUAAACAUGGGGAAUAUUGAGAGUGUGGACGGACCGGAGAUGAAGCACCAUAUAAUGCCGUUAAAAGUGCCCAUGCCUGACCCGACGGAAUUAGAGGAGAGAUUUGCUAUAGUGUUGAACUCUAUGAACCUCCCUCCGGAUAAAGCUCGCCUUCUUCGGCAGUACGACAACGAGAAGAAAUGGGACCUCAUCUGUGACCAGGAGCGUUUCCAGGUGAAGAACCCUCCACAUACAUACAUCCAGAAGCUGCGUGGCUACUUAGAUCCAGGAGUCACACGCAAGAAAUUCCGCAGGCGAGUGCAGGAAUCCACCAAAGUCCUGAGGGAGCUGGAGAUAUCCCUGAGGACCAAUCACAUCGGGUGGGUUCGGGAAUUCCUGAACGAUGAGAACAGAGGUCUGGAUAUUCUGGUGGAGUACCUCUCCUUCGCCCAGUGUGCCGUCAUGUUGGAUUUUGAGGGGCUGGAGAAUGGUGAGGAGGGCUCUCUGGACAAGGCUAAGUCCUGGAGCAGGUCCAUCGAGGAUCUGCACCAGAACGGAGGCCAGCCCUUCUGCAACACGCUGGUGCGCUCGGCGAGGCAGUCGGUCCUGCGUUAUAGCACAGCCACAAACAGCAAAACCAUCAAGAACUCCAGACUAGUCAGUCAAAAGGAUGAUGUACAUGUUUGCAUCAUGUGUUUGAGAGCAAUUAUGAACUACCAGUAUGGCUUCAAUCUGGUAAUGUCCCACAAACAUGCAGUCAAUGAGAUUGCCCUAAGCUUGAACAAUAAGAAUCCCAGGACAAAAGCACUAGUUCUGGAGCUGCUGGCUGCUGUGUGUCUGGUUCGAGGAGGUCAUGAAAUCAUUCUCUCAGCAUUUGACAACUUUAAAGAGGUGUGUAAAGAGAAGCAUCGCUUUGAAAAGCUGAUGGGCUAUUUCCGCAGUGAGGAUGGAAACAUUGACUUCAUGGUGGCCUGUAUGCAGUUCAUCAACAUUGUGGUCCAUUCUGUGGAGGACAUGAAUUUUCGUGUCCAUUUGCAGUAUGAGUUUACCAAGCUUGGCCUGGAUGAGUUCCUGGAGAAAUCCAAGCACACAGAGAGCGAUAAGCUGUCUGUCCAGAUCCAGGCUUACCUGGACAACGUGUUUGAUGUUGGCGGACUUCUGGAGGACGCAGAGACCAAAAACGUGGCUCUGGAGAAAGUGGAGGAGCUGGAGGAGCACCUGUCUCAUGUGACGGAGAAGCUUCUGGAUGUGGAGAAUGAGACGAUGAUGAAAGUGGCAGAGCUGGAGAAACAGCUCCUACAUAAAGAUAAGGAACUCAGUGCCAUCAGGGAGACGUAUGAAUCAACAAGUUCCCAGGUUCACACGCUGCGGCGGAUGAUCCAGGAGAAGGAUGCUGCCUUCCAGAAGCACAGCAUCAUCGAGAAACGCCUGCUGGAGCUGGAACAGCAGGGCACCAUCCGUGUGCGCAAGCAGCCUGACGGAGACAUCUCCAUCGAGGCCCUGGGUGGAGGUGGCAGUGGUGGUGGUGGAGGGGCUGGGAUACCCCUGGGAGAGCUGGGUCAGUUCAUUUUGGGUUCAGCAGGAGCUGGAGGUCUUGAAGGCAGCUCCUCUGCCAUGGUCGAAGACCCAGAACCUCCUCCCCCACCUCCUCCACCUCCACCUCCUCCACCCCUGCCGCCUGCUUCAGGUAAUGAUGAAGCCAGAGAUCCUGAAUCUUCAAACAGCGUUCCUGUCCCACCACCUCCACCUGCGGCUCCACCUUUACCUGGACCAUCUCCAUCUGUGGUUCUCAGUGUGGGACUGUCAGCUAUCCGCAUUAAGAAGCCAAUAAAGACCAAGUUCCGUUUGCCGGUGUUCAACUGGACGGCUCUGAAACCCAAUCAGAUUAACGGCACCGUAUUCAACGAGAUCGACGAUGAACGCGUGCUUGAGGAACUGGAUCUGGAGAAGUUUGAGGAUCUGUUUAAGACCAAAGCUCAGGGCCCAGUGGUGGACCUGUCUUCCACUAAAAACAAAGUCUCACAAAAGGCCAUGAACAAAGUCACUCUCCUGGAUGCCAACCGCUCCAAGAACUUGGCCAUCACCUUGCGCAAGGCCAACAAGAGCACAGAGGAGAUCUGCAAAGCCAUUCAGACGUUUGACUUGAAGGCGCUGCCGGUGGACUUUGUGGAGUGCCUGAUGCGUUUCCUGCCCACUGAAGCAGAGAGCAAGGCUCUGAAACAGUACGAGAAGGAGCGCAGGCCUGUGGAGCAGCUGGCUGAGGAGGAUCGCUUCAUGCUGUACUUCAGCAAGAUCGAACGGCUCACUCAGAGAAUGAACAUCAUCACCUUCGUUGGUAACUUCAGCGAAAACGUCAGCAUGUUGACCCCGCAACUCAACGCAAUUAUUGCGGCAUCUGCAUCAGUGAAGACGUCUCCCAAGUUAAAAAGAAUGCUUGAGAUCAUUCUUGCAUUGGGAAACUACAUGAACAGCAGUAAGAGAGGAUCUGUGUAUGGCUUUAAACUGCAGAGCCUGGAUCUGCUGUUGGACACUAAGUCCACGGACAGGAAGAUGACAUUGCUUCACUACAUAGCUCUCAUAGUGAAGGAGAAGUACCCUGAGCUUGCUAACUUCUAUAAUGAGUUGCACUUUGUAGACAAAGCUGCUGCAGUGUCUCUGGAGAACGUUCUGUUGGAUGUUCGGGAAUUGGGGAAAGGCAUGGAUUUGAUUAAGAGAGAGUGCAGUCUCCAUGACCACGCUGUGCUGAAGGGUUUCCUGCAGACCAGCGACACACAGCUGGACAAACUGCAGAAAGACGCCAAGACCGCAGAGGAGGCCUUUAACAAUGUGGUGCUUUAUUUUGGCGAGAGUCCGAAGACCACACCCCCAUCCGUGUUCUUCCCUGUUUUUGUGCGCUUCAUCAAAUCCUACAAGGAGGCAGUGGAAGAGAAUGAACAGAGGAAAAGACAAGAGGAAAUCAUGCGGGAGAAACUACUUGCACAAGAAGCUAAGCAGCAGGACCCCAAGGUACCAGCACAGAAAAAGAGGCAGCAGCAGCAGGAGCUGAUUGCAGAGCUGCGCAGACGCCAAGCCAAAGAUCACCGGCCCGUUUAUGAGGGCAAGGACGGCACCAUCGAAGACAUCAUCACAGAUCUGCGGAGCCAGCCCUUCCUGCGAGCUGAUGCACUGAUUCGGAAUGGAUGGAAACGACCCUAAACCGCUGUCACCCCCCCUCACACACUCACCCCUUCCCAAACCCCCCUCCUCGGUCUUCCCCCUUCUCCUGCUUGCCUCUGAGGUUCCGUCUUCCUCCGAUUCGGAACAACGGAAUGACAGGAAGUCUGGACUCACCUAAUGUUUUUCAUUUUAGGGAGAUGAGGAGAAAGGCUCUGCUAUUUAUUAAUGGAAAUCCUGUAUGGACACUGCACUGGAGGCUCUCUCUCUCUUUUUUCUCUCAACAAACCGUAAAAAGCACAGACAUUAGGGUUACCCACCCUUUCCUUCUUCAGACUCUCUCUCUCCCUCCCUCUCUCUCUCUCUCUCUCUCUCUCUCUCUCUCUCUUUCUCUCGUACACUCACAAAAACAUGGAAAAUUCAGCGAGCAUCAGUGUGUUACGCUGUUGGAACAGGAAGAGAUAUUUCCAUGAGAAGGAGAGUGUAUAGAACCGGUUGGGUUUUUUUUUUGGGUGCCUGAGGUUCUAGGGACACUUGCCUCUAACAGAAGGGGAGGGGUACCCAGUUAACCCCUGCAGCGCCUGCCAACCUGAAAUUGUCUCUCAUUUCCAAGGAUUUCCUCAUAUUGUGCAAUCGACGCAAGACUGGGACUGGAUAUCGAAAGACAAAAACAUUGUCAUCGUGAUAUCUGUCCCAAUAAGAACUUGCCUGUGUUGUUGUUGUUUUUUUUUUUUGUCUUUGCCUCUCUGCAGAUAUCUAGACUCAAGAGCUCCCCCUCUACCCCCCUGGUUCUUUAACUGCUUGGAUCAAGCUAGUCAAACCAAAACUCUGUCUUUGUCUUUUCUUGUUUCUAAAAGAAAGUGCCUUCUUUUUUUUGACAGUAUU